AUGGCGCAUGUCGUCGAGGCCAGCGGCCGCGAAAUUAUUCGCAUUCCCCUCGGUGCUCUUGAGUUGCCGUCAACACUCCCUGCCGUACCUCUCGUCGUUCAAGAUGGGAGCUCGUUCUCGAUGCCAUGCGACGACGACUCCAGCUUGAAGGCGACACUUUUACGACUGGACCGUCGGUCGCUUUUCACAGGCUCUACAACUGACCUUGAGGUGGCUUUCCUCAUUCCGCCAAAUGAGGAUCCGUCCAAAAAUGCACGCGUUGAAGAGGUGUGCAAUCGCCUCGGACUUGGAGGCAAUGACGGGUCAUUUCGAACAGACGGUCUCAUGAACGCCUUUCUACUUGAAUCAUCGCUCCGGGUCCAUCUCGAUUCUGCGACAUUCUUGAUCACGCUCCCUUUCAUAGAGUUCUGCUCGCUCAGCGACCAGCUGAGGCUCGACAAUGAGGAGUGGAUAGAACGCGCGAAGCACGACGCCACUGCGAAGCGCAUCUUGGGCAGCCACCAACCUCGUCUGUAUUCAUACGAAAUAGGGCAUCUCGCUUUCUACGAGCCAUCGUCCGCCUUCCUUCCUGGCGAUACGACCAUCGAAAUCCUGCCCAACGAGUGUCGCACACUCGAGCGGCCAUGCCCGAACGCGCCUUCCGUCGCGAAGAAGCCCCAGAUAUACGACGAACUCAUAUGCGAAUUCCCUUACCCUCCCUCUCUCCGAGAGAACAAGGAUAAGCUGUCCCCAUUGGCGCUACUUGUGAACGCGCACUACAAACUCAAGGCGUACAUGGCGAGGGUUCCUAGAAGACACAGAUGCUUCCCCCUGGAGCAGUAUUUCAAGUUUACAAGUCGUUUCUUGGACAUGUUAUACUUCGUGCCGUCGCAGGAGCCAAAGGCUACGUCGGGCCCCGUCGAUUCCAAGGAGAGGGUUUCGAACUGGCUGGGUUCUGCCGUCGAUGCCGUGCACCCUGGCGAUCCCGACAACUAUCCCGCCCUACACGAGAGGUUGCAUGAAGAGGACCUGAUCAACGGUCUCACGGUCGAGGAGAUGGACGCCGUUAUUUGGCGCGCUGGCGACCCCCGUUCUACGGAUGCAGCCAGGGUGAAAGCGGCGAUGUUGAUGUUCGGGAUGGCUGGCAGUGAGUUCUGGCCCGAUUGUUGGUUGUCGCGACGCUGA